AUGUCGUCCUCAAUAUCCGACUCUUCCAUCCGCAAUCGAAGCGACUCAACCGAAGGUUCUGAGCUGCCUGAGCAUGAGCACAAGCGCCCAAGGCUGAGUGAUACCAAGCCUGAUGGGACGCAUGUCAUGUCGGAUCUACAGCGAGACAACUCCAACCCCGCACUUUCUGUGCCAGUCGUCCUUGCAAACAUCGAUGAGGAAAGAGCUGUCGUCAGAACCCCUCCGUUGCCUCCCAGAACGGCAGCCCCUACAGCUCUCAUCUCUCCUACCAGCAAGGUCACCAUUAAUACCCGCCCGUUAUCAUCUCAGUCGGUUACGCAACCAAAUAUUGAGGCCGGAGAGCCUGCCAUGCCAUCCAAUUCCUCGCUCUCAGACGCCCCCACUGUUUGUGCGGACGCAGAGAAAGACGACAACACCGACUCUGCUCCCCAACGUCGUCCGAUGGACUCGGCAGAGAUUAUCUCGAUACCUUCCUCGCCGAGCAAGAGUCCUGAAAUUGAGAUUGCUGAGCCCGAAGACUUUGACCAAGAUCCGAACGAGACGAAGUGGACCGGUCGCAUCAGUGGCCGGAGGUCCUCUCCACCAGCCCUGAAGACAGUUCCACCAGGUUACGUAAAUCGGACGUUCCCAUUUUCUCAAGAAUGGUCAUCAGGAAACACUCAUAGAGUGAUUGGCCGCAUAUCGGAAAUUUUCCAACACGCUGGUGGACAGAAUGGGGCAAUAUUCCGUCAAGUCAAGGACUGGAUGAUCGAGUUUGUCACCGUCUGUGAUGAGCUCACCGCGAGACUGGUUGAAGAGGAGAAGGAAUUCUGGUUCCGACUCCCAGAUCUCAUCGAAGGCCUUCUGCGACGAGAGGCUGGCCCACCUCCCGGAGCUCGGACCGAAGACCUCGUCGACUUCUUCGUUGCCUUCGCUCAAAUUGCAAAGCUUCUGAUCGACCUCGACACUCGGAGACUACGCGUGUUCUCUGAUGAUACAGAACUGCGUGGUUUGAAGUCUUUCAGCUUGUCGUGUGCGCCUUACCUACAGCCUAUGACUUGGAUCCUGUCGGUGCGGAUCCCCUUCUACGACGCGUUGUCUCGUGCACACAACUUCGAUCGGACCCAUUUCUACACCCUCGUCAUCGAUCGCCUCGGGAACCCAUCCACAGUCUCCUUGUUGCCAUCCAUCUCCGCCCUCCUGUCGGAAAUAUGUGCAGUUUUACCCAAGCGAAGCGACUUCUUUCGACAUUUCCACAAUUUGCUCUCAGUGACCAACUGCAUCAUGGCUCCCAUCUCCAACGUGUGCAAUAUCGAGACAAACUUUGUUUACACGGCCUUCUCACAGCUCGAUCACAUCCGCAACGGUGCCGCAGAAAUCAUUUUGCAAGCAGACAAUGCCAUUCAGCACGCCAUCGUGAAGCAAGCUGCAUGGCUCAAUCUAGAGACAGCGGGAAAAAUAAUUGACCUCCUGAAUCCAAUGGUGUCUACGAUUGCAGUCGAGAUCCCACAGAUAGGCCAGGACAUUAUCUCUUCGGCUGGAGUUGGCUUCGCGGACUCUGAUCUCACCGAUCUCCCCAGCACGAUGCCGUAUGCCUGGAAGUUCAAAACACUUCGGAAAUUCAUAACCAACGGACGGAUGGAACUUCGAGUUUCUGGCGUUGACAGCAUGUCCACUGAACUUGUUCAAGUAUUCAAAGAGCAUAUUAGUGGCCACCCACAGCCUGCAACGACACAUCCAUUGGUACGCUUUUUGGUCAAAUUCAUCAAGGAGAAUCAAUUGGUGGACUAUAUCGUCGGUGUCGACUCUCACCCCCAACUGAUUCGCCGAGCCCACAACGUAGUUGGUUUCCUCUGCGUCUCUGGGACUUACACGGACGUCGAGACGGACAAUAUCUGGAGAACGAUCGUCGAGAGCCAAGACCCACGAACUGCUCAUGAGGUCUUCAAUCUUCUCCAAAUGUGUUUUACUGUAUAUGACCUUCAUGCACUUUACUACAUCUGCCGAAAAUUGGCAGACUACCCCUUUCAGCGAUUUGAUCCGCACGUUAUGCAGUUCGCGGCGCUUCUUCUUGAAAACAUCAGAUCCAAGACCGGUAUAUCACCUCCGCAUGUUCCAUUUGCCACAGAUCCAAUAACACGGAAGUUGUGCAUCCGAUUGCUGCGAGAAGCCUCGAUGGAGGAGAACGCGUCUCUUGAACAAGCGCCUCAGAUUCGGCGGGACUUUGCUCAACACCUGACUAAUGUACUAGCUCUGGGCCGAACUGAGGCUGACUUUGCCACGAUUGACGAGGAAGAGCAGAAUCAAAUUAUGUCUGAGGCUGCUGCAAACCUCCAAGCCCAUACCGAGUAUGCGUCUGGCGAUCUUCAGGUCUUACACUGCUUAUUACCAAUGCUGGGACCAGAUGGAGUGGCUGAAGCUACCGAAAAGUUCGACCUAUUGGGACUGCUCGUUGCCGACUUUGCAUACCUACGAGAUCAGUUCGACCUGAUGGUCGAACGCAACGUCUCCGUCAAAUCAAUCGAAGCUAUGUAUGAGGUCCGUUCUGCGUGCCUGUAUUACUUCAUUGUGUUUGUGCCCGAAAUCUUCACAGCGGAUCUAGUGCAGGCGUUGUGGACAUCCUUCUAUUCCUUCUCACAACUGCCUACUGCCGUGAGAGCUAGAGCAUGGGAGACAUUGACCCAUGCAAUAAGAACCAAGCAAAACAAGGAUCAGAACCUCGUCUUGGACUUGAUUAUCGAGAAACACCUGCCAACGCUAGUUCCGCAAGACUACAAUGAACAAGUACUGGAGUUCCUUAGGGUAUCGAUUCUGUAUACAAUCCGACGCACUACAGAAAGCAUCCCAGACUCUGAGGAUGUCAUUGUGGUACCCGGAAUCGAGAGAAUGUGGAAAGUCAUGUUGGAUGCGCCUCCAAACACUGUCGAGAAUCAAGCAACCGACUUCAUCAUCAAUACAUAUUUGGAUAACAACCUUGUCACACGACGGUCGAAAACCGUGAUAGACGCAACACAUGCUUCUCUCGUGGACCGAUCUGUUCAACAGGUUAUGGCGUCUGCAGCUAAACUCAAGUCAUACACGGACGGUACCACGAGCGGCGAAGAUGAGGCCAUGGUGAUUAUUGCCUCUGAGCACGAAAUACGCGCCGAAGAACUGCGUUUCGAUCGGUCUUUACUGUUUCUCCGAAAAUUUCUCGAAGGGAUGAAAUUACGGCCUCGUUACAGUCCCAUUCCCGACCAACAGGUACAAGGGUUGGCGGAUUUCCCAGGGAAGAAAGGCGAGGUUGUAGAGCUCAAUAUUCAGAUCAUGGCCAGUAAGUAUAUUACUGACAAGAUGCAAAAAAUCACAGUUGGAUCUGAGAACACUUGCGACGAAUUACACAAGUAUCUUUGUGAGGCGAGUGGCUUCACUCAAUUCUCAGUUUUCAACAUGGGACAAAAGGUGUUGCUCGCAGGACAAUCUACGACUGUUGGAGAGUCGAAGGUGGCCUCCGGCCUGCUGAUUGUCCACAAAACCUUGAACACCCCCGAGAGCCCGCCAACUCGCGCCACUCGUGCCUCCUCACCCGUUGACAACAAAAUUAUGCAUCAUUUUGACGACCUCUACGAGCUACUUGAUGCUGACGAACGUUUGUCACGAGAAGUGUACACGUUCCUCAGCCUCUUCUCUGCACAAACUGAACUUGUCCGAGUCGUCCGGUCAAGGGAGAGGUCACCAACGGAACUUCUGCCUCCAGGAAAACCUUUCAAGCUUUUGUACUGCGCCAGAGCUUUGCGAUCUUGCAUCGAGGAUGAGUCGUUCAGCUCAAAUCCAGACUGCCAAUUUCUCAUUUACAGCAUUCAGACUAUCGUGCAGGUCCUACCCAAAUUGGAGUUGAACAACCCCUCAGAUGGGCUCCAGAUGUCGACUGCACACAGUCUGAUGGAAGCACUUCUUCUGGCAUUCAGAGCCAAGGUCCCCGCAGAAACGUCCCGCGAGUAUGUCGUAGACCACCAAGAGUUCGCGGUGCAAUCCUCACGGUUACUGCGCUUUGCCCUGGAGAGCUACACAACCAGUAUGGAUGAGAUCUCAUCCUCAGCCAUGGUGAAACUUGUCUUGGAAACAUUCAUCGAAGCGUGCUUGCAUGAUGAUCGAAUUUGGACUUAUGUCGAUACUGAAGCCGGUUUCAAGGACUUGAUCAUCACUGCUUUCGUCCAAGAUCCUCGAGUCGAGGUACGACAUUCACUCCUCGAGGUUGUGGUCGGUUUGACUGGCGCUGUUGGAACAAAGCUAUACCUGAAAAUCAACAAUCCAAGAGCACCACGAUCUCGCUUCCCACCUGCUUCCAUUGAAAGCUGCCUCUCUCAUUUGUGGACCGCCUUAGCGGACAUCGUGCCUCCCGCCUGUUUGCAGCCUGAGCGGUGCGCCGAAGUCUGCGAGACAAUGCUUGCCAUCCUAAGGAGAAUAGGCAAGUCUUUUCCUGUUGAGACCCUCAAUCAAUAUUUUGACCAGUGGAUCUCCAUUCUCCUGAGACAUGACCACGUCGAGAUUGUUGGUCAACCCCUAAGAGAUCAUGUGGUUGCCUGUCUCACCAAGUUGCUCCUCGAAAGUUGCAAACUGCUGAAGGUGUCAAAUGCACUUCCUGCUGGCAACCAGAUCAUCGAGCAGAUCAUUACGCUGUUCCUGUUUCCACCCCUUUCUGACAAUGGGGCCGGGAUGGACAAGAACUCGAGAUUGCCGGUCUUGGAUAGUACCGUACGGGAAAACCUUUACAAUCUCAUUCUUGCUCUGUGUCAAGGCCCACGAGAGCUCGCGACAGUGGUCACCAAGUUGGGGGACGACCUACUACCCCCAGACUUUUUUGAACCCAUUUAUUCACAUGAUCGCCAGAAUCUCCGCACAGAGGUUGGGUACGCCGGGCUACGAAAUCUGUCGAACACGUGCUACCUCAACUCGUUGUUUUCCCAACUCUUCAUGAACGUGCAAUUCCGAGAGUUCUUCUUGAACAUGCUGAGCUCGGAUGAGUCGAAACAGAAACUCGUCCUGGAACUCGCAAAAGUCUUUGCAUAUAUGCAAAAUUCCUAUGAAAAGUCCAUUGACCCUUCGAUGGCGGUUGAAGCAAUCACGACGUAUGAAGGCGAGCAAAUUGAUGUCUCGGUGCAGAUGGAUGUAGAUGAGUUUUUCAACUUGCUCUUUGAUCGCCUCGAGAGUCAGAUUGAUCCUUCUGCCAGGGCGGCAUUCAAGUCGAUGUACGGAGGGCAGUUGGUUCAGCAAGUCAAAUCGAAGGAGUGCGACCAUAUCUCGGAGCGACUGGAGCCCUUUUCUGCUGUCCAAGUAGAGAUCAAGGGAAAAGCUCGUUUAGAAGACAGCCUUCGUGCCUACGUCGAAGGAGAAGUUCUUCAGGGCGAAAACAAAUAUUCCUGCACAUCUUGCGGGCGUCACGUGGAUGCUGUCAAGCGUGCCUGCCUGAAAGACGUACCCGACAAUCUGAUAUUCAACCUCAAGCGUUUCGAUUACGACAUCAUGACCGGGAUGCGAACAAAGGUUAACGACGAGUUCCAGUUCCCCGACACGCUCGAUAUUGCGCCGUAUACUCUCGCAAGACUUAGUGAUGAGCAACAACCGGGGGACCCAGACUACUUUCAGCUCACUGGUGUCAUCGUCCACUCUGGUACAGCAGACUCUGGUCAUUACUAUUCGUUUAUCCGCCAGCGACCGUCAGUAAAACCUGUCCACGAUUCCUGGGUGCAGUUCAAUGACCAAGACGUAGGUGUCUUCGACACCAACCAGAUGCGUGACAACUGCUUUGGAGGCACUUCAGAUACUGGCUUUUAUCAUCUUCCGAAGUUCUACAGCGCGUACAUGCUGUUCUACCAGAGGACAUUGAGCAUUCGCAAGGUCGAGGAGCAGUAUCGUGCGCACGAUGUUAUAAACCCUGUUCGCAUUCCGUUGCCGCAUCGACUAGAGCAACACAUAGCUCAACAAAAUGAGCUCUUCCUGCGGUCUUACUGCGCACAGGACGCUUCGCAUGCGCAAUUCGUUCAGAAGCUCCUUGAACGUAUGCCGCAGGGCGUGGACAAAUGCAGUGAAGAUCACACGCUCGAAACGGCUGUGAUCGAAAUGGUUCUGGACUAUGUACGUUCGGUAUCGUCUCGCUUCAAAGAACAGCCAUCAUUCGAAGAGACCAUUUGCGUCCUUCUCACUUAUACACAGCAGUGCCAAGAGUGCGCAAGAACAAUAGCUCACUGGUUUCAGAACAACAGAGUACUGGAAGACGUGGUCGUCCGCAGCCCGUAUCAAACAGUCCGGAAGUCUUUUGCCAACCUAUUCUGUGUCGUUUUUACUCGACUUCAUUCGUUGAAGAACGAGAUGGAGUCUGGUCAGGCAUAUGAGAAAUUGACGGCGGAGUAUGGCGCUUGGCUCCAGAACUGUCUCGGCCAGCUAUCUCAAUUGUGGGACGUGGUAACCAAAGCAGGUCGUUGUUGGCCGGACUAUUUUGGUCUCUUGUACACCAUCCAACGACUGGGUGACGAGGAAACCAUCUGGAUCCUGGAAGAAGAAUUUCUGGAAAAAUGUAUCGACAUAAUCAUGAUGCACCUGAAUAAUCCUGCCGAGUUCCCCUUGUCCAGGAAGCUCAAGGCGCGAUACACAAUGUAUUUGAGUGCUCGAGAAAGGAACCGGCCCUUCAACCACCCAGUGCUCAUCCGCUUCUUUGUGAGCCUCCUCUUGCGAAUCGACUUCCACCUGCCUGCAGAGGGAGAGUAUCGCCACUAUGACAAGAAGAUUGGUUUGACUGGCCCGGAAAUUGAACUUCUGGGGUUGAACAAAAUCCCCCCCAAUUUGGAAUGGCUCAGGCGUUUGAUAGCAGGGCGGCAAAAUCCGGCAACGGUGGACAGUCUCAUCGAACUGUUCUCUGCAGACCGACGACUUGCUGGUGCUCUCUCCAACCUUCUGGUGAAUGGACUCAAUGAUCGUAGUAUCAACACCGCCAGCAGCUUCCUGCGAUCAGUCCUAACCUUCUGCGAGUAUUGUCGCUCAGAGAAUCAGAUAUUCGACCUCGUGCAACCCGCACUAGAAAGUAUCGCAACGGUAGGCGUUGAGUAUGGCCGGGAAUAUUUCGAGUUUGUCGACGCCUUGUUGAAGGUGGAAAAUGUCCACCUAAGCUUCCCUGUUGGUUUCCUAGAGGACCUAGUACUGCAGACGGUGCACCAAUGGGCACCGACGUUUUUGCUCGCGCCCAAUGAAGGUCAAUUCAACAUCCGCCUCGGAACCGUGGACUUGCUCAGACGCAUCCUGUUCAACCCUCUACAAGAGACCGGGCUUCAAGACCCCCGACUCUACUCGACACUUGUCACGGCUGUGCAGGAGUUGGCGUCUAGUUGUUCCAACUUCGUGCAGACCACCUUCUUGAAUCCUCGUAGCCGAGAGAGCGGCACGCUCCAGCCCGGCCAGGUCAGCCAAUUGAUCGAUGUGGUGGAGCAUUGUCUACAAUACUUCGAACUGGACAACCCGAUCCAGGAGGAGAAGAUGAGCGAAAUCCAGAACACCAUGCUCGCACUGAGAACCAAAGCUGAAACGGCGAUCGAGACAUUGAGCUCGGCUGAUUGGCAGGACAAUAGCAGUGAACUGGCCGAAUUGAGCGCUGAGGAUUACGAAGAUCCGCUUAGCCCGUGA